AUGAGUGUGAAUAUGAUUCAUUUAAAGAUGAAAUUUGUUGUACCAAAAAGUUAUGAUUCAAGAUGUAAGGAUAUAAAAUGUCAACCAGGAUUUGAAUGUAAAUAUGAUCCUGUCAAAGAUGAAAUGUGUUGUGUACCAAUCAACAAUUGUGAUGAUGUUAGAUGCCCACCAGAUUUUGAAUGUGAAUAA